CUACAAACCAAAAUGUCCAAACAAUCCUCUCAACGCUUGCCAGCGCCUUCUCUGUUUGUCGGACCGCCAUCACAUAAUGCCAGUAAUGCCUCUCUCACACGCGCAAACACGGAUACAUCGCAAAACUCUCGCAGCGUCCCGUCUUCUGCCAUCCCAGGCCCCUCAUCGCCGUCUCUGAACCACAAUACGUCACUGUCCAGAUCAAACACAGCAACAUCACGCCAAAACAAUGCUAGUCUAUCACGACAAAACACCAAUCUUUCGCGGCAGAAUACUCGCGAUGCGUUGACCCUGCAAUCCACACUUUCCGACAUCGAAUUGAGCGCCGGGUCUUCCGCACACGUAUUUGGGACGGGACAUGCAAAAGCAUUAGAAGAGUUGAGAGCUGCACAGGUGGAAUUGGCAAGAGCAUGGGGACAGACGGAUUCGGAAGAUGUGUCUACGUUGCCGACUAAGGAAGCUAGAUCCCCUGAUGCGGCGCAGCAAAGGAAUAGCAAAGAUGCUAGCAAGGAGGCUACGCAAGACAAGCAUCAGAGCAAUAAUCAUAAAGAGCAAGAAAAACAAGCAGAGCAGAAUGAGCGAAAGCUUUCGACAGCAACGACGUUGGAUUUGACGUCUGCGGCGAGGAGGAGAGAGGCUAGUGAUAAGUACUUUGCAGCCGUUAAAGAAGGUGUUGCUGAGGUAGUUCGGAAGUUGGAUGGCGUUGCUGAUGCCAUGAGAGAGGUUGAGAUGCAGAGUAGAGACAUUUGGGGUGACGAUGGCAAGGAGAGUAGUGAGAUGACAGAGAGCGAGUUCGGGAGUUUAAGCUCUUAA